GGCGGCAUCAUGGCGGCGGCGGGGAAGGUUGUAUACGAACAAGAUGGUGUGUUCAUUCAUUCAUACUCUGAAAGAAAUGGUGAACAAGAUACACUUCCUGGAAUUCUGAGGUUAAUUGAUAAGAUUCUGCUGGAAGAACUCAGCUCAUCAGGCAGCAUCUUUGGAGAAAGAAGAGGGUUCAGGAGCUGUAGUGGAUUGGACACCAGUGGAUGACUCCUUGGAUUCAUCGAAUAUUUUUUUUGCAGGAAAGGAUUCCAGUUCAGUUGUUGAAUGGACUCAGCCAUCUAAGGAAAAAACUUCCAGACAUACAAUGCAUCAAGUUAGUUGUGAAGCUGAAUGGGAUAUGCUUAAUACAGUUUCCUUCAAAAAAAAGCCCUUUGUGAAUAGUGAUGAUGAUUCGGCGUAUACCAUCAGUAAAAGAAGCAAAUGGGCAUUCUCCUUUAGCCUGACUGAUCUGCAGUCCAUCAAAAUAAGUACAGAAGACAUGGGCUGGUCAUACGUGGUAUUUUGCCUUUGGGAUAAUACCUUUCUGCCAGCUCUUCAUUUUCAUCAUGGUGGCAGCAAUGAUUUACUCCAGUGCCUUAAGGGAUAUAUUCUUCUUCAUGAAUCUUCACAGGAUAACCGAGUACUCCUUGUUGCAUAUAAUACCAAAGCACUUUCUCAAUCUUUUGAGAACCUAUUUGAAGAAAAUGCAGUUGGUUUAGUGCAUAAGUUUAAGAAAGAUCCAUAUAUGACAACAUUAGGAGGCUUUUCCAAAGUUACAAACUAUAUUCUUGAUGCUUUUCGUGGUUAUGAAGUAACACCCCAACAAAGACCUGCUUCUGAAAUGGAUCUCAGCGACUCUAUUUCGGGUCUGGAAAUUAAUCAUCAAGAAGAACCAGGAUUUGAAGUUAUCACACGUAUUGACCUUGGAACAAGGCCUGAAAUUCAAAGAGGAGAACCAGUUUCUGCUGAUAAGUGGUCUCAGAACAUGGAUUCUGAUGAAAAGAUUCUAGAUCCAGACAGCCUGAAAAAAAUCAUAUUCAAAGGGGGACUUUGCCAUGCGGUUAGAAAGGUGGCGUGGAAAUUUCUUCUAAGCUAUUUUCCAUGGGAUAGUACAAAAGAAGAUAGAAGGCUGCUAACCAAAAGAAAAAUAGAUGAGUACUUCAGGAUGAAGUUACAGUGGAAGUCAGUCAGUGAAGAACAAGAAAAAAGAAAUACAAGAUUGAAAGACUACAGGAGCCUUAUAGAGAAAGAUGUCAACAGAACAGAUAGAACAAAUCCUUUUUAUGAAGGGCAAGAAAAUCCUGGAUUGAUUCUAUUGCAUGACAUCUUAAUGACCUACUGCAUGUAUGAUUUUGAUCUUGGCUAUGUUCAAGGAAUGAGUGAUCUGCUUUCCCCUAUCUUGUAUGUUAUGGAAAAUGAAGUGGAUGCCUUUUGGUGCUUUGUUGCCUUUAUAGAACAAAUGCAUUGUAACUUUGAGGAGCAAAUGCAAGGCAUGAAAACAGAAUUAUCUCAGCUGAGUACAUUGCUUAAAUUGCUUGAUCUUGGGUUCUGGAAUUAUCUUGAAUCUCAAGAAUCUGGAUAUCUCUACUUCUGCUUCAGGUGGCUUCUGAUUCGGUUCAAAAGGGAAUUCAGCUUUCAAGAUACUCUUAGACUUUGGGAGGUUACAUGGACUGGUUUGCCUUGCCAGAAUUUUCAUCUUCUGAUAUGCUGUGCUAUACUAGAUACUGAAAAACAGAAGAUAAUGGAAAACCAUUAUGGGUUUAAUGAAAUUCUAAAGCACAUCAACGAGUUGUCCUUGAAACUGGAUGUAGAUGACGUGCUUUGUAAAGCAGAGGCAAUUUACCACCAAAUGAAAAACUGCAAGGAUUUGCCACAGGCUGUUGCUGAGAUUCUUGGGCUAAAGGAUAGUACAAUUGUAACCCCAGAUCUGGAAGCUGGUGUAUCAGAAACAAGAGUUACCAAAACUCCCUGGAAGACAAACCAUUCAGAUGCAACAGCAACCUCCUUUACAGAGAUAAAUGAAGAGUUAACAGGGUAUAGAGACACUGCUCAAAAUGGGCACAAAAUGACAGCUGUGGAGUGAAACUAAAAGCUGCAACUAUGGAAUCCAAGAGAUGCCACAACUUGUUUACUUUUUGCUGAAGUCCUCGUAGGUGACACAUCAGUAUUUGGAUUGAUCAGUGGGUUUAGUUACGUUGUGUAAGAGAGAGUGAUAGGACGGGAAAUGCAUUUAUUGCAAUUCCAAAUAUUUAAAAAUGAAUGUAGAGGAAAUAUGUUUUUCUAAUUACUUAAACCAUAAUGGCCUUCAUUGGGUAAUGCAUUUUUCAGACUUCAUGUCAAGCACUUGCAUGGAUGUUGGAAAACGAAGAUUUUGUUUUGUACUGAUAUAAGAAAUAUUUUGUUAAAUCUUGAGAGUCUGUCCAGUUAGUGUAUGGCUUUACUUAAAAAAAAGUUUUCUUUCUCUCAGAAAUGAUUAGAGGAUGCAAAUUCAUAAUUCAUUGAAUUUAAAAUGUACAG